GCGUUCUCUGUCGCUGUCAUCGCAAAGAUGUAAAGAUGGCUGAGGGCACGAAUCCCGACGAAGGAACGCCGUGGUGGAAUACUUGGUUACAGACAGCGAAAGACAAGUCAUCAACAGCGUACGAGUUCUUCAAGCGAGACCUGACAGAGUUCUCGAGCACAGUCCAGCAAGACACAGCGCAGGCAGUCUCGUCGACAGCAGCCUUUGUGCGAGACAAGCUCAAGUUGGAUGGGGAGAACUCGGUGACAACCAAGGCAAAGGAGGGCCUGACCAGCCUGAUCGGGAGCAUCAGCGAGGCCCUGUCGCCCACCUGGGACCCUGCCGAUGACGAGCUGUCCAUCAUCCACGACAAUGAGGUGCAUCCUGUCGAUCGCUGGCAGGCGUGCCUACACUCCAUCCUGGUGGACCGCAACACCUACUGUCACGAGCCGGACUCGCCACCAGAGGUGUACGAGAGCUGGCUGGAGACCUUCCACAUGAGCGACCACAAGGAUGAGAUAGCGGAUAUUCUGCUCAACUAUAGCGAAGUGCAGCGGCUCUACGACGAGCUGGUGCCAGGGGCAGUGUCGCAUGAGGAGUUCUGGCAGCGCUACUUCUUCCGUGCAUUCCAGCUCUGGCAGGCCGAAGAAGAGCUGGUCAACAGUGUCCAGGAGUCCAGCGAACGUCUCUCCAUCAGCGGGGUGGAUUCUGAUCACCUGAUGGAAACCCUGACGGGACCUGGCAGCCGGUUCCUGGGCUCUCGGCCCAUGGUGGUGCCCCCCAACACACCCAACGCACCAUCGGCCGAGCAGAGUGGUUCCAACUCGCCCCAGCCUGCAAAGGCGGCCCCAUCCCCUGCAGGCGACGCUGGCUGCGACGUCAUGGGAACGUUGACCCCGGAGGAGGAGGGGGAAGAUGUAGACGACGAAAGGACAUUGCCCAGCUGUUCCUUGAAGCAAGCGCUUGAAGCCAGUGCCCUGGAACCACAUCCUCUCCCGGCUCCCGAGGUUCUGGCAGCCAGACUUUCAUCACAAGUCGAGACGACAGCAGAGGCUGACAGCUUGCCCGGGCAAGAAACUGCUGCAGUUGUAAGCACCAGUGAGUCUGGAUCAGUGGCCCCAGCUGUCGGAGCGAAAGAACAAGAUGGCAAUGGGGUUCCAACAACUGCAGAAGCUGCAAAACCGGCAGCGUCGCCGGCGGUACCAGCUGAAGCAAAAGCAAUGGCACCUGGUCCUGGUCCUGGUUCUGAGUCCUCGAGUGGGAAAGACCUUAGCGACUGGGAGGAGUUUGAGCUUGAGUUGGCGGACACGGACGUUCCCACCACCGCUUCCAUUGCAAAACCGGCAUCCCACUCUGCGUCUGAGGCUGAUGAUGACUGGGAGAAGUGGGAAUGACUGAGAGUGCAUUGUGUCCAUACCAAGACUCGGAAGACAAGAUGCGAAUACCCAGGGAUGUACACAUACACAUGUCUACAUGAGGGGCUUGGUUAUUUAAAGCAAAGCUGACGAAGAGUGCUAGGAGAACGGGCUGUUGCAAGAGUGGAUGGGAGGGCAGAAAAAAAAAAUUGUACCAUAUCUUCAUUGCCUGUGUGCCAGCCAGUAUUGUUUACUAGUGGCAUGGCGUUUUUCUUCUCAUUUUCUUUUAUCAGUAUAAAAGGAAGGAAGAGGGGGUGAGGGGUAUAGGGCGUGAUUUGUGUAUUUUUUUUAUUGCUCUGUGCCUCCCGUAACUGGAGUGGGAGGGAGUAAAAAAAAAUCUUUGGAAAUGUUUAAAUAAAGUUUAACUUCGAGAUAUGA